AUGGCUCUGAUGAAGCGACGAGGCCGCCACUCACUCACGGGCCGGGUGGCCAUCAAAUUUGCAGGAGCCGUUCGCCCACUUAUAUUGAUCCGCACAACCGGACGGCGAAGGAGAAAUGGUCGAGCAAGAAGUAGUAAGACAGCGGCGGUCGUAGGAGUCGUCUGCCUGCCGACUCCUUCACAGGCGGUAACCGAGAGAGUCUCGGAAGCAAAGACGUCAGCCUCCGCGGUGGCCGAAGACCUGAAGCCGGCCGCUACGGGUCUGAUCGGCACCGGAGGUUACGGUGGCUACGGUGGUGUGGGUCAGGGCGUCAACAGCUUCCAGAGCGGCUACGGUAAUGGCGGUUUCGGCAAGGGCUACGGAGGAUUCUCAAACUACGGAAACAACAAGGCGCUGGCUGGUGGUGGCUUCGGCAAGGGUUCGUACGGCGACGGCGUCAUCUCGGCGUACGGGAACCAGGGUCUGGGCCAGGGCGGUAUCAACAACUUGGCCGCCCACGGCCUACACGGUGUCUCUGGAGCUACGGGCUUCAACCACCAGGGUGGCGUCAACAAGCAGUUUGGCGGGAAGGGAGCCACGAGGGACCAAUUCAACGCAGGGCACAACAAGGUCUUCGCCAAGGAGAAGGUGUACGCAGUGGACCAGAGUUUCCAGAAUGGCAACCGAGAUGCCUUCAACCAUAACUACGGCAACCUCGGUGGUUUCACGGGCCAGGGAGGCUUCGGCAAGCAGGAAAAGGUGAACCAGUACGGCAACCAGCAGUACGGCGCCUUCAAGGGCUACGGUCAGGGCAACUACGGCAAGCACGGACGCUCGUCGUUCGGCGAGGGCGCCCAGGGCAUCAACAACUACGGACACGCGGCCGGAUACGGGACGCAAGCGCAGCAGGGCAAGGGAUACGGAGGCUACGGACACGGAGGCGUGGGCGCCUACGGGGGAGCCAUCAAUCGCGGAUACGGCGGAUAUGGAGCCACACAAGCCGUGGCACCUAUUCUCGCGAGACCCAUUGCCCACGGCCUAGCGCCAGGCCUUGGAUACGGAAUUGGACACGGAAUUGGACACGGAAUUGGGCACGGAAUAGGGGGCCAUCACGGCAUAGGGGCAGGGCCGCUCUUCUACUGAGUGGAACUAACUUAUGGUAGUAUGAAAACGUCGCUAAGCUAAAGUCAAGUUCCUAAGUCGACUCGAAAGAAAAACGGAAAGAAUGAAAAAAAAAAGAAAGUGUCACUGCAACAUUCACUGCUUAAGUUUGCGAAAUUCGCUGCAAAUGCAGCAUAUUAUACAACCUACAGAAACAAAUGCUUUGCCCACUUCACGAGUUUGCUUUGGUGUGGCUGUUCUCAAACGUGAGAAAAAAAGUUCUUGCGCAAUCCGUUCCAAAGCAAAACAAUAAAUAAAAGAGGAACAAGAAAGCGAAUCAGUCAAGGAAGCAAAAAAAAAACAUACUUUCACGUUCAUGCUUACCGCAGUAAUGAUCUGGCGCAUUCGGUGAUUCGAGAUUAUUUAAAUAGGCUCAGAAACGUAUCUCAGUAUUCAGCCAAGUGAGGCUGACACGCCAAUAUUCAGCGAAUACGGCGUAUCGCUGCACGGCUAAUAUUUAUUGCCUCUGAGUCGCGACGUUUCACAGCUUCCACCGCACAAGGGAUUUCUCUCGAAAUAACGCUACUUGCCUCCGGCAUAGCUAGUGCCCCUUCUUAAAUAUAAACUUUUCUCAGCUAUAUAUAGCUUGUUAGAUCUGACCGCUACAGGCAUCUUUCCUUCUCAGUGUCACAUAAGCAACCUUUUGCUGAAUACGUUAAUAUUCGCUACCUGUCCGCGAUAAUCGGAUCUACUUCAAUUACUAUUUUAUUUGCAGAUGUUUAGCCCACAUUUAAAUGUUGUACCAACCCCGCACUGUUAGAAGCUGCGGUAAUUAAAUGUUCAGUGAAAUGUGCGAUCAGAAUGUUCCGCACACAAUGGCUAGCCUAUUACUAAACCAGAGUGCUUUAUUUCUGCCCAUCUCUUGUGGAUGUAGCUUCGACAGCGAGAUGUCGCUUCGAUAAAGAAAGACGAAACAAUUGUGCCUCGAUGGCGACACAAUUGCAAAGUGAAAGUAUGAGUCGGGACACCACGGUGAACAGGCGGUUAUGAAGAACUUUAUCGUGUAUUGCAAACGUGCCACAAAACGCUAAUGAACCUCAUUUCUGCAUAGGUGAAACUAAGAAGUUGUGUGAAGUUCAAGUGAAUA